AUGAAGUUAAACCUAACUAAAAAUGGAUUAGAAGCUUUAGACAAUUGCGAUGAAGAAGUAUAUCCGAAUAUCCAUUUUUUAUUAAAAAUAUUUGUUAGUUUGCCUGUUUCAACAGCAACUCCAGAGAGAAGUUUCUCUAGUUUAAAACGCCUCAAGACCUAUCUGCGUAAUACAAUGAAAGAGACACGUUUAAAUGGAUUAACACUAUUGUCAAUUCAUCGAGACAUACGUGUAUCAGUUGAAGAAGUUAUAGAUGAAUUAUCAAAAAAAGCAAGACAAUUAGAUUUUGUAAUGUAA